AUCAAGCUAGUCUGGCGUCUCAAUCAAGUUAACGAGCUAAGAAGGGAUGGUACUCGGGAGUAGCGGCUCGGGUUUGAGGUUGGGAGAUUUGAGUGCAAUUGAUCGGGAAAAAGGAGUAAGAAGAGGGAAAGGAAGGCCGGGGAGCCACCGGCUGUACAGAGGUGGUGCGGCUGCAUAAUCUAUAGAGUUAAUAUCAGAUCACGCCAACAAAUUCACAUUCCAAUAUCCUAGAAUUAAAUGUCAGGAUUAUACCAAAUACUUAAGAUUACAGCAUCUUAUAAAUAAGAUAAAAUCAGCCCAUGUUCGAUACAUCGAUUCUCAUUUAUGAGGAACAAUUUUUACUGGAGGCAAACCUGAGGUCAUCCAUGGUCCGUCUGAAACAGUUAGAACAAGAUAUACAACAACCUGUUGGGGGUUACUAUAGUUCAGCGUUGUGCUCAAGGCCAAACAGCCUUUCGCAACAAGUGAUUCCCACCAUUGACAUCCUCUUGAAAUGUUUGCCAAGGAAGACAAAAUCAAAGGCUGAGACCAACAUAGCCAAUGCUGUGAGACAUAGAAUUGCGGAGAGGCAUCGUAGAAAGCGUAUUUGCCAACAGUAUGACAUACUCCGUUCCAUCCUACCAAACUUGAUCAAAUUCAUGCAACAGAUGGACAAGGCAUCCGUGCUGGGCGAGACAAUCAGGCAGGUAAGGGAGCUGAAAAAGAGAGUAAAAGAAACGAAAGCAGUUUGUCGUGGAAGCUUAGAGGGUGUGCUCCCUGGUGAGUCAGACAACUUGAGUUUGGGUUAUUGUGAAAACGAUGGGAGUUUGUUGAAGGCAACAUUCAGCUGUGACGACAGGGCAGAGCUGAUAUCUGACCUGACACGGGCAGUGAGGACAGUGAAUGGGAGGGUUGUAAGAGCAGAGAUGGUAUUUCUAGGAGGAAGGAAUAAAAGUGUGUUGUGGGUAAAAGGGCUUAGCGGAAAUGAAGGGAUAGGGAUGCUUAAGAGAGCUUUGAAGAUGGCUGUAGAUAGACCUAAGAUUAAAAAUGGGAAGCCUCGUUUCGCUCACUGAUUAUUCUGUUGUAAUUUCUAGCAGUUGCAGAGCAAUGGAAAAGGGUAGUUUUAAGAGUAUAUUUAAAGAAUAAUGGUAAAUAGUGCUUCGUGUAAUCAUUUUCGUAGUUGCAGUUCUACGACAACGAACAGGACUUUGGAACAUGAUUGCCCCAAUUCUACUAAGAUUUUGUACAAAAUUACAACCUACUUAAUUUUCUUUGGGUAGAUUUGUGCUUCAAAAUUCAAGCACUUUUGCCACGACCCUUGAUGGAUGGUGAAUAUGUUGCAUUAGCAUACCAUCAACAUGUGAGUUCAACCUGUCGCUUAAAUUUGAUUCUUGAAUUAGCAAGAACAUCAACAAAAGUUUUUUAUUUUAU